UUAGAGCGUGCAGACGAUUAUUCUGUUUUUAAAAAAAUAUAAACAUUUCGCAGCUGGCAACCGGUUCAUUCAUUUAUGAGAGAUGUUUCGCUCUUCGGAAUACUGGUUUGCAAAAACAAAAUGAAAUGCGGACGAUCCAGUCGCGGAAGCUAUCUUGCACUCUAUCUCUUUAAACUCUCGAUUUUCUCGGCGGCAAGUUAUCAAGUUAUGUAAUAAAUAUUUCGUCGAUUCCUAUCUACUUCUCUCAAGAUUUUCCGGCCGUCAUUUAGCUUAUGCUCAUGUAAUAAACACAAGUUGUCUGAAGAUUUUUAUAUCUGUUGCUUCUAGAGCAUUUUAUACGAUAGGGAAAAGUGUUCAGCUCAAAAGAAUGUGUGCGAAAAAAGAAGCCAAAUUUUUGUCCUGGAGCGAUUUACUUGUUUAAAACGUGACAUGCAUGUUGUCAUGUUCUCUUUUGCGGUCAAUACUUGCCAUUGACACUCGAAUUUAUUUACUUCUGUGUAGGUAGUCCAGCGAGUGUUUUGAAAGCCGACUGGGAUAGCUACCGAAAUUUAAGGAAAUACACAUUUUACCGAAUUCUUUCAGACAACUCAACAGACAUUCAAAGACAACAGCAAAAUGCUCCAGUAUUCUAAUUUCAAAAUGCCAUUUAUGGUUUUAUUUAUAUUUUUUACUCAAGGAUUCCUUUUGAUUCUUGGUCAAGAUACCUCCACAGUUUUACCACACAAUGCUACUGAAACCAUGAAGUCCAACUUAACUGAGCUGCAAGAUCCUGAGCAACUCGAAGAAUCUGCAAACACCAUGUUCGCCGAAUACUGGCAGAUAUUUCUGCAGGAUAAUCCGGAAUAUGCUACGGUGCUGGGAGAUCACAGAUAUGACAACAAACUCUCGAGUUACAGCCUGAAGUGCUACGAAAAGAAGAAAGUGAUGAUGAAUGAGUUUCUGGAACGGGCAAAUCAGCUGUUAUCAAUCUGUAAUGAAGGCAGCGAAACCCAAACGAACCUUUUGCUUUUCAUCAAAAAUCUAGAGUUUGAGUUGGAUCACUUGAUGUCCGGAAGUCACCUUUUCCCGAUUUCCAAACUCUUCACUCCUCAGAUGGGCCUGCGACACGUUCUGAAAUACACGAAAAUCAACAACGCCGAGGACGCCUGGAAUCUGAUAGCAAGAUAUAGAGCUAUACCGGAACAGGUGGAUGAACAAAUUGAAUUGAUGCGAGAAGGAAUACGCACAAAUUUCACACUUAGCGAUAUAUCAUUGUUUUCUAAAAGUGGAAAUUGGGAUCAGGCAGAGGACGUGGAGACAUCGCCCUUUUACAAACCUUUUAUUAAUAUAUCUGAAUCAAUUACUGGAGAUGAAUUGAUUGCCAUACAAGAAAAUGCUAGUGAUGCGAUUUUGAAUCAUGUCUUACCUGCAUAUAAGAAAGUGGAUGACUUCAUCAAUAAUGAAUACAGACUUCACACCCGUCCAGGCAUUGGAGUGAGCACGUUGCCCAAUGGAAGGGAUUUCUAUCGGCAAGAGUUGGCGUACCAUCUGACAGACACCGGGGUGACACCGGAGCAAAUCCACAACAUGGGACUGCGGGAAGUGGAGAGGAUAACCAAAGAAAUGGACGAAGUGGUAAAAUCCUUAGGCUUCAACAUGACGCAUCAAGAAUUCAGCAAUAUGAUUCGCAAUGAUACGACACAAUUCUUCGGCACAGAGGAUGAAGCUCUUGAGACAUAUCGAAAAGUUUUGGAAGAAGCAAUCGCACCUAAAUUGAGCAAUAUAUUUAAGAAUAUUCCUGAAAAGUUAUUAACAGUGGAAAAAAUACCGAAAGAAUUGGCAACGGGACCUCAAGCUUAUUACAUGAUGCCAUCAGCUGAUAAUUCUACUCCAGGAACUUUCUUUUUGGAUACCAACUCACUUCACAAUCUGCCAAAAUACGAUGUAGUCACUCUUGCCAUGCACGAAGGUGUUCCCGGUCAUCAUUUCCAGUAUGCCUAUGUUAUGGAGCGAGAUGACAUUCCCGAUUUCAGGAAAUAUGGCGUACGCAGCAACGCAUUCGUUGAGGGUUGGGCCUUAUAUGCUGAAUACCUAGGCUAUGAAUUAGGAUUAUUUAAUGAUACUUAUAUGAGAUAUGGACAUCUUUCGUAUGAAAUCUUCCGCGCUUGCAGAAUGGUGGUUGAUACUGGGAUGCAUGUAAUGGGUUGGAGCCGACAGCAAGCAAUUGAAUACAUGCUGAAUAACUCGGCAUCGUCUGUUGGCAACAUUGAACGAGAAAUCGAUCGAUACAUCACGUGGCCUGGACAGGCUUGUGCUUAUAAAUAUGGAGAACUCAAAAUUAAGAGUAUGAGAAGAAAAGCUGAAGAAAUCAUGGGGGAUGCUUUUGACAUAAGAGAAUUCCACGACAUUAUCCUUCGAAAUAAUGGACCUCUGGAGCUUGUUGAGAAACAAAUCGACCGGUACAUAGAAUCCUAUCAACGCUCACCAACAGAAGUUACCUCGCAGAGCCCCUGAGAUGUCGCCACAGAAGGAUUUUUUUUUGAUAUCGUGGUGAAAAGCAACAGCACUGGUGGAUUACAAUUGUAGCUCAAGUCUGCAGGCAGGAAGCAACAGUUUCAUCAUCACUACAAAGUAACCGAAUGCCUUCAAUUAUAUACGUUUCUAAGAAAUUCAAAGUAACUGUUUUACACCCAUAGUUUUGCAUAAGCAAACAAUUUUCCCGAUUGAAUUGUUUUUAAAUUUAAACGAAAAAUUCCUUAUGUUUUCAAAUUUUUAUAUGUAUAGUCCGACUUUUUUAGAAAUAAAAAACAAAAAUUGUUUGCUUA